AAAAAGAGACCCUACUGCUAUCUUAACCCUUCUCUCUCUUAUUCUCUCUCAGAAGAAGGAUGUGCAUAUUUUUGCAUAUACCAAAGGAAAAAGCUUUGUGACGCUGAUAAGGUAUAUAAGCUUCCAUCACCAGUACAAUGAGUGUCAUCUCCAUCCACCUGACCAUAUUACUAUAAUUUUCUCCUCCAAAAGUUUCCUAAGAAGAGGCCUACGUAGAAGUAACAUACCUCCUUCAACUUCAAGUGCUCAUAAACUUCCUUCUCUCCCUCAAAUUCAAUCUCAGCUGCCAAAACACUUGAGCAUGGUUUUGGUCAGAUCGCAACAAGCUCUGUAUUCAAGACUGCUGCAGGCAGAAGCCUACUAGGUCAUGACUUGUACUGCUGCAAUGGCCUUCUUCCCUGCCAAUUUCAUGCUGCAAACUUCUCAUCAUGAUCAAGAUCAUCAUGAUUCUCAACAACCUCCCACCUCCCUUAGCACCCCAAUUCUCUCCUCUUGCGCCCCUCAGGACUUCCACGGUGUUGCUUCGCUUCUAGGGAAGAGAUCUAUGUCUUUUUCGGGUGUGGAUGUGUGUGAUCAAGAAAAUCAUGGGGAGGACGAUUUAUCUGAUGAUGGAUCACAAAUGGGGGAGAAGAAGAGGAGGCUGAAUAUGGAGCAAGUUAAGACUCUUGAGAAGAAUUUUGAGUUGGGAAAUAAGCUUGAGCCCGAGAGAAAAAUGCAGCUGGCAAGAGCUCUUGGUUUGCAACCUAGACAGAUAGCUAUAUGGUUCCAGAACAGGAGGGCUAGAUGGAAGACUAAGCAGUUGGAGAAAGAUUAUGAAGUUCUCAAGAGACAAUUUGAAGCUAUCAAAGCUGAAAAUGAUGCUCUCCAAGCUCAGAACCAGAAGCUUCAUGCAGAGAUAUCGGCACUAAAAAAUAGGGAACCGACGGAAUCAAUCAACCUCAACAAAGAAACAGAAGGAUCUUGCAGUAAUAGAAGUGAAAACAGCUCUGAUAUCAAGCUGGACAUCUCAAGAACACCAGCAAUAGACAGAGACAGCCCUCUAUCUUCCCAUCCAACAGCUAGCCGAUCCCUCUUUCCUACGUCCAUCAGGUCUACUGGAGGGAUGACUACUACACAGCUCUUCCACAACUCAACGAGACCCGAUCUUCAGUGCCAGAAAAUGGAUCACAGUACUGUUAAAGAAGAAAGCUUGUGCAAUAUGUUUGGCAUUGAUGAUCAAGCUGGAUUUUGGCCCUGGCUCGAGCAGCAGCAUUUCAAUUGAGAACCCAAGUAUUAUGAUCAUAUACAUUGGCUGGCACCAUGCAUGUUGUUUAUGAUUUUUCAAUUCUUGUUUUCGUACCUAGACUGGUGUAAAGUAAAAAGGUAGCGUAAUUAUGAUGUUGAACUCGAAGCGGAUGAGGAUUUUCAGGGACUUUAUGGAAGAAUAAAAGGAAAAAGAAAUCCAUCA